AAAAAAUUAAUACGCCUUCCCAUUCACGAAGACGACGAGGAAAUUCAAUUAGUGCACCACAACGCCAUCGAUUCCAUCAUUAAUAAACACUAAUUUCAUCCCGAAUAACCUCAUUAAGACUAGAGAGACAUCCGUUUUUACGUAAAACGGAUGUCGCGGUGGUCGAUGCUAUGACUGAGGUCGUACCCGGCGACCGCACCAAGCUUCUGCAGUCAAAGCGAGCAGAAUGCAGUGCGAUCGCACGGUCAAGGAAGAGGAAGUUAUGUGUUUUGUAUGCCGUCGCUACAAGUACGGAUGGCCUCCCUCAACGAAGCUUCGCCGACCCAGACGCGCCGCCGGCUAACCCUGCCGAAUCGCAUUUUCUUGAAGGGUCCGAUAUAUUACAAGGAAGGAAACUGAACGAGUUGAAUAUUCCUGCACGUCCACGAAUUCGAUCAGAAUACCUCCAGCUUCCUAGAUUAGGAGAAGACCUCGGUUCAACAGAGAACACUCAUCCACCUACUAUCAAUAAAAAGAAAGAUAACACUUCCAUCUCACGACCACCCGUAUCAUUGCCGCCGCCUUCCGUACCGUCACGACAAGGAAUUACCGAUGACAAGGCCGAUACCCUUUCUAUAGUCUCGCAGACUACCCAUCCAGGUUCUGAACGUAUCUCGAAGUCGCCCCAAGCAUCAUGGCAUCCUGCUCAGCUUGCAAAUCAAGCUACCCGGACGGAUACACCAGCCGUACUUGCCAUGGUGAAUGACCAAUCCCAGCAAUCUCAAUCUACAACCACCGCCAACCAGACGAAUUUACCUGCAGGUGAUCAGCCUAAUGGAACAUCCAAGUAUCCAGUGAGCCUAUCCUCAGCACCGUCCAGUUCAUCUCAGACGCAGGCUAGUCAACCUUUCACCAACGAACAACAACGACAGCCAAGCCAAGUUGAUGAGACCGAAAAUGCGGCGCGAAAAGAUCUACGCGAAGGGGAGCCCAUGGAACUUGACGUAACACCGGUCAAGCCCGCGGGGGUUAUUUCUGGGAUGCAACCAAUCCCUCUACCAGAUACAAGCCGUACUAUUGAUGGUGUCUCAUCAUUAUCUACUAAUACCGUGGACACGUUAGCCACCCCCAAUGUGAUAACUACUAAGAGCUCGAAUGGCGAGGUGGUGCCAUUUGCGGCCAGCAGCGAGACUAAUUCGAUGGGAAUGAAAGACAUGGCGUCGAUAAGACAAAGUUCGCAGAAUGGAACGCUUUCUGGACCAGUCGUGGCUGGAACAUCCGAAAGCAUUCCAGUGGAUAAGGUCAGAAUGCAAUCGAUAUCGCAACCAACGAAUAAUGCAGUAAAGGCGCCAAUUAAUGGCAGUAGGGAAACCAAUGCCAAAGUAGAUACGCCGACUCACCCACCAAAGACAUCCACAUCUCCAGUAUGCGUUUCCACGCCCGAAAAUACUGUAACAGCAGACGCUCAACAGCGUCCGAGUAAUAUCCCUACUAGCCUGCAACAGAUUCCACAGAUCCCACUGAUUCCACUGAUUCCACAGCUUCCACAGCUUCCGCUGCCUGCUAACGAUAACCUCCGUGGUCCUGUGAUGCCACAUGUAAGGAGCGAUCAACAACAGGUUAAUUCCGAUUUCCAGAGAAGAAUUCCCAACCUCAACGGCGAUGUUGUUCAAAGUUCUACUAAGAGCGAAACCGUGCAGAAGGAAAGUUCGGUGGCUUCUGUGGCGUCUGUGGCGUCCACUGAUCCUUCUCGAGCCAUACCUGAAACUCCCACAGAAGUAAAAGAAUCUCGGGAAACACAGAUUACCCAGGAUAUCCGCCGCUCGCCAAUACAAAUUCGAUCAGAUCGUAGGCGAACGAGUAGUCCUACAGGAGUCGCUCGUCAGAAGCCAGUGUCUGAGAUUCUCAGUGAACCACCAAAAUUAUUGGGUGAUGCCGAAUCUAGCCGUACCACCUCAGUAGUUCCAAGCUCACGAUUCUCGAAGAAGCGUUCAAAGAGCCAGAAGGCCAAACUUAAGGGGAAGGGCAACCGGUCCAUGGUCGUCUUCGGUAAGCAGUCAAAGGGCGCUAUGGAUUCGGGCAAAGCUCUAGUCCAGAGCCGUUCGGGGGCUGGCCAGAUGGCUAGCGAUGAUUAUUUCACUCCUCUAUUCGUGCAGGCUUUUACUUCGAACUCGAAGUGGAUGAGACCUCUGGAUCAGAUCUUGCACCAGGCCCACAAAACGUUGUCCACUCCGGAUUCAUAUACGCAUAUCUUUGAUAACCAAGCUUGUAAAGUCCUUAAGAGAGUUUAUCACUUGCAGCAUCACAACAAGUGGUCUCUGCGCCAACCAAAGCGUUGUCCGGAGCCCACGCGCCAACCUUGUCAUUGGGAUGUUUUGCUCAAGGAGAUGAAAUGGAUGAGGACCGAUUUCCGCGAAGAACGAAAAUGGAAGAUGGCAGCUGCUCAAAAUCUUGCUUACGCCUGUGCCGAAUGGGUUUCUUCUUCGAUAGACGACCGCAAGGCCAUGCAGGUGAAUGCUGUAAUUCCUCCGCUCGUCUCGGUGGAUCCCAGAGAUACCACGGCCCCCUUUAAUCACGUACAGGAUCCAGAGAAUCAGCCUACACCAGAUCUUAUUCCAUCGGCCGAAUCAGAUUCGCCCAUGGAGCCGGACGAUGAGCCUCAUGAGGGCAUCAUUGAUACCAUAGCUCCUUCAGCCAUUUUUGCUUUAGAGAGCGAUGAUGUAGUCUUCUCACUUCAUCAAUCAGCCAGUGCGGAUCGUCUCCUCGAACAGCUACCAAUGUACGGUUCACCUCUAGAGGUGCCCAAGUUUGAUAUUACUGCGCCAGAAUACGACCCCGAUGCUACUUGGAGGCGGUCUGCGUUGCCACUAAGCAGGUUUGUGGAAGGUCAAAUGGAACUCACGCCAACAGAGCCUCCGAAAAAGCGAAGCCGGUAUCAUUACGCGCAGGAGGAUGAUGAGGAUGAUGAAGUAGUUUUCGAUCAGUUCAGCGGUAGCCAACCUCGACUGGAACCACUUAAUGCCGACGUAGCGCUAUUCCGGCCAGAAAACAAGAGCUUCAGGGAUAGGCUGCACGCCGGCCAUCAAUUCCGUCCACCUAACGAACAUACAAUGCCUUUCCAGUCAUUUUACGAGUCUCGUAGUCCUUCCCAGUGGAUACAGUCAGAGGAUGACGAACUCAAAGGUCUUGUUCGCGAGUUUUCAUAUAAUUGGUCUCUGAUAUCUAGCAUACUCACCUCCAAAUCCAUGUUCAGCUCCGGGGCUGAGAGGCGAACACCAUGGGAAUGUUUUGAACGAUGGGUCAUGCUCGAGGGCCUCCCUCAUGAUAUGCAGAAGACUCAAUACUUCAAGUUGUGGCAAGGCAGGAUUGAGGCGUCCCAGCAAGUUAUCCGACAGCAUCAGCAGCAGCAGCAGGCGCAGCAGGCACAACAGCAGCAACAGGCUGGCCCUAACGGUCCAGUCACGCCUGCGCCUAAACGCCGAUAUAAUGUUCCACUGAAGGUCGAACGACGGCGCAACCAAAAGCACCUAACGAUGAUCGAUGCCAUGAGAAAACUUGCGAAGAAACGAGAGACGACUUUACAAAAGCAACAACAUAAUGCCUCACUUGCAGCUAUGAGAAAAACGAAUGAGACGCCUCAGCCAAGAGCACCAACGAAAACGCCGAGAGAGUAUAGUAUCAUGCGAUUCGAACGUGAUCAAGCUAUGGCCGAAAGACUAGCUGAAAGGAUGGCCCAGCAGCAGCGCCACGAGGCUCAGCGCAGGGCUGCUAUACAAAGAGCACAGCAGGGACAAGUUGCUCAAAUGGCAGCUGCCCAGAAUGCGAACCAGCUCUCGCAGAACAAUCCCCAGAUGGCAGCCUCUCAUCCUCAUGCGGCCAUGGCUCGCGUUAAUGCUCCCAGUCAAAUCUCGAUGAACGCCCAAGGACGUCCACGGAUGUCAAUGCAUACCCCGAAUGGCACCGGGACUACUAAUCACAUGAGUGGUGGACUUGUUCCUCCUAUGCAAAUGAAUGGUGCCUCUCAAGUGCAAAUGCCGUCUGUAAAUGGCCAACCGCGAAUGGCGAUGCCUACUACCCAGCCUGACCUUCAACUAUUGAUGCAAGCACAGCAAAUAUCGGAGCAACAACGCCGCUCUGUCGAGAUACGACGACAGCAGCAGCAGCAGCAGCAUCAGCAUCAGCAUCAACAACAAACACAACAACAAUCUCACCCAACAUCACAGGGUGGAAGCAUGCCUUUACAAAGCUCGCCGCCUGCCAUGAGAGCCGCUGCUAUGAGUGGGCUAAACCAGAAGAACUAUCUCAACAAUGCUCAGGCGCAGGCGAUGAUGGCUUCAUUUAACUCUGCAAACGGGCCGGGAAUGUCAACACCUCCGGCUCCAGGCCAUCCUAUGACAUCCCAGGCAGGGUCUCCACGACCGAAUACAACAAUCCCACAACAAACGCAUCAGACAUACGUCUCGCAACUUCAAACUAUCGAGACUCAUAUUAGGCAAACACAUCCCAACAUGACACAGGAUGUUGUUCGCGAGAUGGCUAGGCAGUUGUUGAACACUCGUCACAACGGUCAUAACCUUGCGCAAUCGGCGAUGAACGCCGCCGCUGGGGGGUCCGGACAUGCCGCGGCCGCUAACGGACCACAUCAGUACGCCCAGCUCCUACGAGCCCAGCAACAGCAGCAGGCUGCGGCCGCAGCUGCAGCGCAGGCUCAACAAGCACAAGCCCAACAGGGAACUCAACAACACCAGCGCAACUCUAGCGGAAGUGCAACGCCUACGCCAUCGCUGCCGAAAUAAGGCCCUGCCAACAUAGAUCAUGCCAAAGGAACUACAGGACUAGGUGGCUCGUUAAAUCAUUCCUGCCUGUUUGAUAUAAAAGUCUCUCGUAAAGAUUCCUUGACAGAUUACAAGUUUAUAAGGGGGCUCUCGCACGUGGAGGUCGGCAAAUUCUCUCUUUUGAGAAUAUGCUUUCUAUUGGCAUAAGACAAGACCUACUUGACCCCGAUAGUCCGCAUUUACCACCGGCUCAUGGGGAAGAAGGCUUCUAACCGAUGUCAGAACUAUCUUAUGGCUCGUCACCCACAUCGCAUGUGGAAAUUACAUCUGUCGCAACACUAACAAAGCUGUAAGGCUAGCCUAGAAAAUGGGGCCAUAAUCAUCCUCGAUUGAGGUCGACGAGUCUAGACUCGUGUCUUGUAGAUAUGUGCUGUUCCAGGUAGCAACAUACUGCUACACAGGCAGCUUUCACGUAUGAAAAAUAAUAUAUUUAAAGAA